UUGGACUGGGCUCAAGGAGACUGGUUCUGCUGGACAGGAAAUCGCAGUUCGCCCAUAAAAUGAAACAAAAGCUUCCUCUGGGUGAGCCUGGUGGAGUGACUGCGUUUGAUUGCCCAACAUCUUUUGUUUGCAUUUUAAAAGUAAAUACAGUCACUGUCCACCUGCAUAAUCUUUUUAGGCAAUCUGGAGGUGCAGUCAUCAAGAACAGUCUCGGAGAAGAGUUCUACAAGGAGGCCAUUGAACACUGUCGGAGCUACAAUGCCCGUCUGUGUGCCGAGCGCUCCAUGCGUCUCCCUUUCCUGGACUCCCAGACAGGCGUGGCCCAGAGCAACUGUUACAUCUGGAUGGAGAAGAACCACCGUGGACCAGUUUCAGGUCAUGCACCAGGUCAGCUGUACACAUAUCCCGCGCGGUGCUGGCGCAAAAAGAGGCGGUUAAACAUCCUGGAGGACCCGCGGCUUGUACCCAUUGAGUUCAAGAUUGACUACGAGGCCUCCCUAAAGAAGGAGGGGGGAAUUCCAGAUGGUCCUGUGUUGGAGUCGCUGCUUGCCGGGGACACGUUGGACAAGAAAGUAGAAACAAAAGAGGAAGAGUCAAUGAGCGAGUGUCAGAAAUUGCUUGUGGGAGAUUUCCCUCAUGAGCUGGAGGUGGACGAAAUGGAAGAAGAUGUUCCCAAACGCAAGAACCGUACCAAAGCUCGGGCCUACGGGGUUGGUGGCAUGCGAAAGCGACAAGAGCCACCUGCUAUAGAAGACAGAGACAAGCCUUAUGUCUGUGACAUAUGUGGAAAACGCUAUAAGAACCGCCCAGGACUGAGUUACCAUUACACUCACACACAUCUGGCAGACGAAGAGGGUGAGGAAGACUCCGAGAGGCACACACUCCCCUUCCAGCGCAAAAACAACCACAAACCGAAGAAAGCAGCGGAUGGCUCGGUAAUCGCAAAUGGAUACUGUGACUUUUGCCUUGGAGGCUCAAAGAAGACUGGCUGUCCUGAGGACCUCAUUUCCUGUGCGGACUGUGGACGCUCAGGCCACCCGUCCUGUCUGCAGUUCACAGUGAACAUGACAGCUGCAGUGAGGACUUAUCGCUGGCAGUGCAUCGAGUGCAAGUCCUGCAGCCUGUGUGGCACCUCUGAGAAUGACGAUCAGUUGUUGUUUUGUGAUGAUUGUGACAGAGGCUACCACAUGUACUGUCUGAGCCCUCCAAUGUCUGAACCUCCAGAAGGAAGCUGGAGCUGUCAUCUGUGUUUGAGACAACUGAAGGAGAAGGCCUCAGCCUACAUCACCCUCAAUUAAUCUGGAUAGCUAGCUACUGUAUGGGGGCCUCAUCCUCUUGGCCCUUCACCCUGUCCCAAACAUUCCCUCUGUCGCCCUCUGUCUGUCUGUCUGUCUGUGUAUCUGAGACUCGACUGCCCUAUCGACAGGCACCGGUCCACCUCUACGUUCUGACCUUGGGACUUUUGACUCAGCACAAGAUCCCGGAACCUCAUCUGAACAUCUUCCGAGGAAAGCUACGUACACAACGUCCAUUUGUCAAUCACUCUUGUCUGCUGUACGUGGAUGUGAAUGGAUGACACAACUUCCACCGCACACAAAACACAUGCAACACAUGCACUCUCCUCCUCUGGUGCAGAAGAAUUCAUCAGACGGCAAUACGUUUGCUCACAAGACACACGCUCCAGCCUGCCGAGGGCACUUAGAGGAAUACUACUCCACUGGCACCCCCUUAAGGGCCCUCAGCAGAGCCCUAAUGAGGUCUGGUUGCAACUCAUUCAAGUCGUGGGUGAAAAUUAAAAAGAUGGAAGGGUGCAAAGCAGAGGACAUGGCUGGGAAGACCCCGGAUAUCAACACGGUGAUAUCAUUCGCUAACAAACCGGAAAAUGAACCCUUAAGGCUGACGCUGCAGUGAACUUCUUCUGUAAGAUUUUGCAGCCCCGAGCGGUUCCCAAUACAUGUACAGAAUUUAAAAUCAAUCUAAAACCAGACUCUCGCAGACAAUUUAACAUCUAGUGUGGCACUCAAACCACUUUGCCCCAUAAAUGAUUUCAUAAUGGAUUAUGAAGGCCUACAGAGUUUCCAGUUAAUAACAACACAUGAAAGAGGGGAGUGGAUCUUCUCAAAUCAGUUGUGUCUGAGAAAAACACUGCAUUAGACUUGGGAACUCUCCAAACAUCUUCCACUUCUGUGAGACAAUGACUGUGAUGCCAACACAUAACCACGUGCUUGUGUAUUGUCUGUGUGUUGCGAAUGUAUGGUUGUCGUGCGGAUAACAUAGUUUCUCUGGCUUUUUUUAAAUGAUUCAUUUUUAUUCUUAUUGCGUUUCAUCUGCAUGUCUUAAUUUUGAUUGCUUGGGAAAUGUUUAUAGUUGAACUGGAGAAGAAAGCACACUUAAAUCGCAAUAAUGUCUUGGUGAUAAGAGCUGUUUUGGCCAAAUUAGCUGUGUUUUAAACUGUGUGCGCGUGUGUGUGCGUGUGUGUGUUUGUGUGUUCAUGCAUGGGUGCGCGCGUGUGCGCAGUCGUUGUAGCGGGCUCCACGUCCAAUGGGAGCUCUUCUGUAUGUGACAUUUUGAGUAGGAGGGAGGUCAUUUGAAUGUGAGGAAAACCAACAUUUUCCUGUUCAAGCAUUCCGGCAGUGACGCAGGUGACACAAAGUAAUUGUUUGAACCAGGAAAUGUCACAAGUUAAUGCUCAAGUACUACUUAUGUGCAAAACCAAAUUCAAAUGGCUGAGUCUUGAUGUUCUCACUGUGAUACACAUCGUCUACCAGCCAUUCCAUAACACCAGUUCUUUAGUGAGACCUUUAUUUUUGGCUUGUUUUAAUUAUAUAUGAUCCUCUACCUCUUUAUUCUUUUUUUUCUUUUACAACACCAUCAAUAUUCAGGACCAUUGGCAAAUAGUUGUCAUCUUCAUUAUUCAAUUUACUCUGCUUAAGAUAAAGGCAUGACAUGAUCAAAUAUUUAGUUGGACUUUAUUUAUUAAUAACAACCACUCCUAUAACUUAAGUCUACUUUUUUGUAAGCUCAUUGUGACCAGCUGUAUUUGCAUCAAAAUAUGUCUGCCAAUGUGUCACAGUCAUUUACACCGUUGACACAUGUACAGUAGCAUAACAUAACAUAACACAACAUUAAAAUUCCAGCGAAGCUUCACAUCAUUUGACUUAUUUUUCUCCCUGCACAAUAAACCAGUAAAACCAGCAUGUACAUAUGUGUCACUCAACCGGGCGGGGAAGAAAAAUAUUUCAUUGAAGAUACAAACUAAUUUAUAUUUUGAGGGAGUCUUCUAUUGGGGAAAAAUAAUAUCCUGACACAACAUGUCUGGUUAACAUUAAAGGAAAUGCAGAACAUAAUUGGAGGAUUUUAAUCAGUGAGGACACAUCAUUCCAAUCACCUUUUAGCUUUGAGAUGCAAGAUGUUUUUUUUUUAAGAGAGCAAAGGGGAAAAUUAAUUUGCAAUGUACAGUACAGUGGAAAAGUCUGUCACUUUGAUGAAUUAACUGCCAUAAGAAAGGUUAACAAGAAAGACAACAAAAAUGGUAGGGACUUUUGUCUCGUACUGUACUGCAUGUGAUGGACAAAGUCAUUUUGUUUACAUGAAUGACACCUGAAAUGUUUCUAAUUUCACGUUUGAUAGUCAAUCAUUGUUUAGUUGUUCACACGCAGAGACAAAACUACAACCUGAUUCUAAUUAUCUGCAUUCUUUGGUCUUUCUUUCCCAACGCUCUUGGUCCAUUUGAUGUCUCAGUGCACUUCAUAUGAAAUGAGUAGGAAAGAGUACAAAACGUUACAUGCUGCAUUUUGUUCAAAGUUUCCAGCGACAACCCCUCCCUCCCCCAAAAAACGAUGUUUGCUUUCAUUAACUGCAAACACAGCCAUUAAGCUGUGCUGAAAAUGCUUGCAUGUUCCCAUGAAAACAAUAUUGUUCUGCGAUCAUGUCCAAGGGAUUUGGCCAAAUGGAUUUGUACAUUUUUUAGGAAAACUUUUUUCUUUUCUUUUUUUAACUUUAUAUCAUGUUAAUUGUACUUUUGUUGGAAAUCCUCUUCUCUGAGCACAGGCUGUCCUAAUGUGCUGGUUAAAUCCACCGAGCAGUCAUCUGCGUGUGAAGUCUUCAUUUGAGUGGAAUGAGCUGACCGAUUGUUUGAUUGAUAAGAGAUGAAAUGUUUGCUUUUUUUUUUUUAGGUGGAAGAAGGUGAUGGUAACUGAAAAGCCUUUAAAAUGAAAGCUUUCCUGACACUUAAUGCUAGAGUCAUUUUUGAUUGUACUAUGUGAGAAGGAUAAGGCAGCCAUUUUGUAGUAUCAUGUUAUUGUAAAUUGAAACUUAAGGCAUCCCGCUACCCAAAUGAAAAAUGUGGGCUGGCAAGGUCAGAGUCGAUGCUUUUUUUGGGCCAAUUCUUGGCUUCUCUUGUAAAUUGUCAUUCUGUGAUUUUGCUUGCACUUUUUAAUUUCUCCACCGCAAAGAAGAUAAUUGUAAAAACUGUAUGUAUGCGUGAGUGUGUCCGCUUAAUAUUUUUGUAUCAUUUGCCCCCAAUCUGAUUGUCUUGUGUAAAUAACCCCAGAUUAAAAGGUUUAAUUUGUCUUUUCUAACUCAAGCGGAUGAAGAUGCAAUCUUCUUCGACACUUUUUAUUCUCAUGCUGUCAUCACCACAAGCAUUGUCUGUAAAUUCAACGCUCUCCC